AUUGGGAUUCUCACUUUUCCUGCACCUCCAAGAUCUGCGCGACCAAAAAAUCUUUUUAAAAAAGGCCUUCAAAGUUCAAACACAAACACAACCUCAUUCAACUUCCACUGAUUUUGGUACUCUGUUUUCCUAUUGGCCCAAACCCCACUAUUUUACUACACCACUAAACACACAUCCUCUCAGUCCUCAAAAGCACAUAAAACUUCACACAACAGCAGUAUGUGGUGUGAUUGAGCCAUUAGUGAAAAAAGGCCAAUAAAAACCCCCCCAAGAAAACUUGAAAAGGUUAAACAUUUUGAAAAAACCAUAUAUAUUUUCUAGUAAAGCUUAAAACUUUAUCAAUUUUUUGUGUAUAUAAACUACCUUACUUGUCAUUGUCAGCAUCAAUUUUUGGGAUUUUGAUAAUAUAGUUUCUAGAUUAUUGGAUAUGAAGGCUUUUUGCAUGUGGGUAUGUCCAAAAAGGUAUUGUUAGUACUUAUAUUGAUGAUUUAAGAUUUUUUGAAGGUGGGUGUUUGUGAUUUUGAGUUAAAGUUCUGAUUUUUGGUGUGAAGAAUUUAGGGUUUUAAAUUUUGGGGGUGAAAAUAGUUGCCAGAUUCCUUUAAGUUGGAGACUUAACGCUAUAUAACUAUAACAACUUUUUCGGGUUUUGGAAUAGAUACCUUUUAGCUAGAGAUUCUAAUGGUAUAUAUGUAUACUUUGUUUUUGCAUAUAAUGACUAAAGAAUAAUAUAGUGUUGGUAAUUAGUUAGUGGUAUAGGAAUUAUGGAUUCGGGUUUUCACCAUGAUCAAACGUUGAGCUAUGUUCCAAACCGACACGCUAUAUCGUUCCAAACGAGUGCUGUAGAUAGUACAAGUGAGAUGAUCAUGAUGGGGGAUUAUUAUAGGAUGAAUAGUACUUCAGGCAUGAUGUUUUCGGGUAAUUCUGAUAUGGGAAAUAGUGGUUCAGGAUAUGCGCAAUAUAGGAACUCUUGUGGUUCUGUUAUUUCAGAUUCGGUCCCGGGGUUGAAACAUGAUGCAGGGUUGGCUGUGGAAUGGUCUGUUGAAGAACAGUAUAAAUUGGAGGAAGGAAUUACCAAGUAUGCUGAUGUACCCAGCAUCUCGAGGUAUAUCAAGAUUGCUGCUACAUUGCGUGACAAAACUGUUCGAGAUGUUGCCCUGAGGUGUAGGUGGAUGACGAGUAAACGAAGGAAACAGGAUGAGCUGAAGUUCGGGAGGAAGUUAAAAGAUAAGAAGGAUAAAUUGGUGGAGUCACUUUCAAAGCCUAGUAUUUCAUCAAUUUCAACUUUAAAUGUGGCUCCAUUUUCUGUAUCCAUGAACAAUCGGUUUCAGAGUGGCCCCUGUGAAGCUUUAAGCAUCUCCACAAGGCAUCUUUUGCAACAAAACAACCAAAUUUUUGGUCAGAUUUCAGCUAAUAUUUCUGCACUCAAACUGCAAGACAAUGUUGAUCUUUUUAAUCAUGCCAAGAAUAAUAUAACUGCCAUCUUAAAUGAUUCGUGCAGCAUGAGAUACAUGCCAGGACCACCACUGCCUGUAUCGUUAAAUGAAGAUAUAGCUAAUACCAUUCUGCCGCAUACAAGCCAGACAAGGACUUUUGGCUCAUCAAGCAGAACGCAUUUGAAGCAAGAGCCAGAUUAUUGAUAUGGAGAACCAUUUGGUUGUAACUUGUAAGUAGAGAAGUCAACCUAUUGUAAAUAAUAUACUGAUUGACCCUUCUGGGCAUAAUUCUAUAUACAUGUAUCGGUUGACCAUUGUUUCCAUGUCAACUAAAUACAAAAACUUGUAGAAUGAUGCCAUUUUUGGAAAGCUAAUAUGAUUGAUUGGCUUACUGCUUGUAUUA